AUGUUCCAUAAUAUAGUAAAUAAACUUAAAGGAACCACAAAAGGGGAUAGAAUUCAAUCUUACAAUUAUUUCUCAACAAUUUUUUCAAUCAUAAACAAAAUCGAACAAGGAUUCUGCGAAAUGAUUUUAGUUAAAGAAGUUAACAAUGAAAUUGAAUUGCAUACAUUUAAGAAAGGUGAUGAAUUACCUGAAAAUUCAAAAGACUUUCAAAUUUAUUCAUUUAUUGUAAUUCCUCCAAUAACUCAUUUUUACAUGCAAACACAAGCUUUUUGCGGAAUAAUUCAAAUUGAUGGAACGUUUUUAUUUUGUAUUAAAAAAGGAAACUUACUCAUUAUUGGUACACCUGCACCAAAUAAUAGACUUAUCCCUAUUGCAUUUGCAUGGUCUGUUAGUGAAAAUACGAUAACAAUUAAGGAUAUGCUCACUAAAUUGAAAUCUUUUAUUCCACCAAGCAGAUUCAAGAAUAUUUAUUCCGAUCAAGGUCCGGCAAUUAUAGCUGCUGUUAGAGAAUCAGGCUUUUCUUGCGAUCAUAAAUUUUGCUUACGUCAUUUUGCAACAAAAAGGGAAUACAUCAAUGUCUAUUCCGAAAUUGUUGAAGUCGCUUACGCAGACCAUCCUCAAAAACGAAUUGACUUGAUUAAAAAGUUAGAAACUCGUUUACAAGAGGAAUAUCCAAACCGCGAAAAUAAUCAGGAUCUCUUUAAGUACUUAGAUAGUAUUAACCCAUUUGAAGGAUUCGCUGACUACACCGCUGGCAUACUCACAACAUCUCUUAUUGAAUCCCUUAAUGCCGAAAUUAAAGAUAAAUGGGAUACAUAUGAACCCGCCGAACUAAUUAUCCGUCUCAUUGAACAUGAAUUCAAUCUUGUUAAAAAUGUUUUAACAGGUGAUUUUAAAUCAGAUAAUAUUAUCAAAAAUCUAAAUGAAACUUUGAAACAUUCAGAUAUGUUUAGCUCGGUAUUAUAUGAUCCAAUUCAAGAAUUAUAUUAUGCAACUUUUGGUCGCUAUACAUAUUGCGUAAAAAUUAUGUCAGAUUCACAAUAUUCAUGCACAUGUAAGCACAUCGAAUUAUACGGAUUACCUUGUAUUCAUGUAAUCGCCGUAUUGAAUCACUUUUCGAACAAAAAUCUUCUUAAAAAUUUGAAUGAUGCAGUUCAUGCUCGCUUCAAAUGUUCAGAGUUUAUGACUCCUGUGGAAGAUUUAAUGAAAUUUUAUGUUGACCAA